AGAACUUGCUGAGUUUGGGGUCCAUUUCAACAGUUUAGCAGCAGAAACUGGCUCCUCCUUUUGAGAGCAGCACAGGAGAAACUCACAAACUCACAUUCUGCUUCAACAUUUUCAAGCUAGAACAAGCUGUGCAAAGUCUUUAAAGCUUCACUUAAAGUGGUGCUGGUAUUUUCAGUGUGAACUCUUCCUUUUUUUUUUUUUGGUUUUGGUUUCCUGAACAUACCUCAGUGCUGCAAGAGGACUGUACAGUUCCACUUCACUUUUUCCUUCUCGACUGACAAUAUCUACAAUCUGCAGGAUGCCAUUAGGGGGAGGAAACAAGUGUGGUCGCUGCUCCAAAACGGUCUACUUUGCAGAGGAGGUUCUCUGUGAUGGGCGGAGCUUCCACAGGUCCUGCUUCCUGUGCAUGGUUUGUAGGAAGAGCUUGGACAGCACGACUGUUGCAGUUCAUAUGGACGAAAUCUACUGUAAAGCAUGCUAUGGCAAGAAGUAUGGACCAAAAGGUUAUGGCUACGGUCAGGGGGCAGGGACCCUCAGCAUGGACAAAGGAGAGUCUCUGGGUAUUACACAUGAAACCCCACUUCCUCAUUGUCCAACCAACAACCCAAACCCCUCCAAGAUGGCUCAGAAGUUUGGAGGGUCAGAUAAGUGUCCUCGCUGUGGCAAGGCUGUGUAUGCCGCUGAAAAAGUGAUCGGAGCUGGAAGCUCAUGGCACAAGAUUGGGUGUUUCACAUGUGCCACAUGUGGGAAGAGCCUCGAGUCUACCACGCUGUCUGACAAAGACGGGGAAAUCUAUUGCAAAGGUUGUUAUGGUAAAAACUUUGGUCCAAAGGGAUUUGGUUACGGACUCGGAGCUGGGGCAUUGGCACAUACCCAAUGAGGACUUCAGCGGAUCUUGGCGCUUCUCUCCAACCUAUAAAGGACAAUCUGUCAUCGUAUAACUUUACACACAAAAGCAUUUAAGUACAGAAACCACCAUUUUAACUCAAAUAACAUCUGUUUCAAGAUUGUUUUACUUUAAAUUUAAUGUCAAAUUCUUAUAAUAAACCUGUUGUUUUAAAUUGCCUGUAUUUUCUUGCUCUCUGAAGUAUUACAGUUGUCAUUUUUUCCUAUUCAUUCUGGACUUGAUAGGAAUAAAACAACCAUUCAACUGA